GCCGCACGCGCCGACUCUGCGCGGAUUAAUGCGGAUCACGGGGAAACAGCCGCGCGCCUCGGCACGAGCACCUGCACCUGCACCCUGGAAACUCAGCCACCAGAGCGCGAAUUUUCAAGAAAAUGGAGGAAGCGCGUCACGAGCCAAUCACUAACCGUGUCCGAGGGAGGGGCGGUGGCGGCAAGAAGCUCUCAUUGUGGCAGUGUUGGAGAUAUCUCUCUCUCUCUCUCUCUCACCCACACACACACACACACACAGAGAGAGAGAGAGAGAAAUGCGCACACGCUGUCGUUGAGCGCCUGUCCUGCCGGGCAGGGUCGUCGGGGUCCGGAGCCCAUCCCGGAGUCACGGGACGCCACUCCGCCGAGAUUCAUGAAAGAAAAACGGGAGCACGAGACGCCGGGCCGUGCUCGCUGGACCGGCGGCGGAGAUGCGUGUGCGCGCCGACGAAAUGGACCAGCUGAGGAAGGCUCUCCCCAGACCGCGGCCCAAGCUGCUGGCUCUCGCCGUGGCCGUGACGACGCUGCUCGUCGUCUUCUACAACCAGCUGCUAACCUUGGAAUGGACCUCGGAGCUCCACCGGGCCUUCUUGACCUCGCGCCACAUCCACAACUACUCCGUGGUGCUGCGGCCGCGUAGCUGCGAGACCCGCGGCCCCAUCACCCUCCUGCUCGCCAUCAAGUCCCACAGCUUGCACCUCGACCGGCGGGAAGCCAUUCGCAACACGUGGGCGAAGGAGCAGCUUCUGGAGGGGCGGGCGGUGCGCCGGGUGUUCCUGCUCGGCCUUCCCGAGGGCGGCCCGGGCCCCCUGGACGCCCUGGUGAGGGACGAGAGCCGGCGGCACGGCGACAUCCUGCAGUGGGCUUUCCAGGAGUCCUUCUUCAACGUGACGCUGAAGGAGCUGCUCUUCUGGCGCUGGUUCCAGGCGGAAUGUUCCGGCUCGGCGCUCUACGUGCUGAAGGGGGACGACGACGUGUUCGUGGACGUGAGGCGCGUGCUCGGCUUCCUCGGAAGGCGGCGGGACCCCGGCGAGCCGCUGUACGUGGGCCGCGUUUUCAUCCACACGUAUCCCGUGCGCACCUGGUGGAACAAGUACUACAUCCCGCCGUCCUUGUUCUCCGGGGCCUACCCCCCGUACAUGGGGGGCGGCGGGUACCUCAUGUCCAGGGAGACCGUCCAUCUGCUGCUCGGGGCCUCCGCUGCGGUCCCCCUCUUCCCCAUCGACGACGCCUACGUGGGCAUGUGCGCCAAGCUGGCCAACGUCAGCGCCAGGCACCAUCCGGGCUUCAUGCCCUUCGAGUUCGCGUCCUCGCGCCACCCCUGCGCCUACUGGGGCGCGCUGGUGCUGCACCGCCUCAAGCCCGACGAGCAGUACCUGCUCUGGGCUUUCUACAGGACUCGAGGACGCACCUGUCCGGAGGCCCUUCCCGGCCCCUCCUCCGCGGACGCUUGAACCGCCGAAGCGGGAUCUUGGGCCAAAGCGGACCGGUGAAGACGCGCGUUUGCCGCGUGUGGCGUGCGGUGUGCCGUGUUCCGUGCGCCUGAAGGCUGCGCUGUGCGCGCGCGUAUGUUAGGCAGCACAGCUGAGUAGAGCUUCAGUCGGGCGUUUUGGGUGCCACGCAAGUUACUUGGCCACACGACCGUGUUUACUCCGUGUACCGCGGUGCUGGACGAGCGUUUCGCGGGAGCGAAGAUCUGGAGCCGUUCCUCGCAAGUUCAGGGGAACGAAGAGCAUCGCGCCGCCCGAACCCGAACCCGAGCUCGAGGUCCACGAAUGCGAGGCUCUGGUGACGGAAGCGAGCCAACGACGCGUCCGAGGGGUUUCCGCUCGGGCCUCUCGCUUUGCGCUUUUCCCCGCCUGUAAUACGUCCGGCUGUUAAACGUGCCCUUUAUGUCAAUAGGGACGCCGAGUCUGGACCCAACCCCCACGUGUACCGCUGGCGAAAUAAAGAGGAGGAAACCUGCACGAGAUGAGGAGCGCCAAAAAAAAAAAAAAAAAAAAAAAAGAAAAACUUGCCGCAACAUCUCGGGGACCGAGGCAAAGGGUUUAUGCAAGCAAUUCGAGGACAAAAUACUGCAACCCGUUUCCUUUACACAUUAAAUGUCCUUCCAGGCACACGUGACCAUCGCUGAGCGUGAGGGACCGUUUGGAAAUAUCCUUAUCGCACGUUACCAGAACUGCGUCGUAAAAGAGGGAGAAAAACAUUUUAACAGAUAAAAAAUGUUUAAUGGCAUUCUAACAUAGUGUCAUAGGAUGGCAAGAGGGGAAGAAACUGCAUAAAAGAGAUUCCGGAACAA